CGAGCAGGUCGUCGUGCACAGAUCACAAGCAACCCGGUGUCCGGUAGCUCGUCCGUCCUUUCUCAUCGACGCCCCUGGGCAAUGUGCCCACCCGCCGGCAACGCAACGGGUGGACUCGGCGUACGAUGGUCAGAGAUGCUUGGGCGGACUACGGUGGGAAAGGCUGGUGGGGAUGGUGGUCCAGGCUGGGCGGAUUGUUGGCCAUGGCUUUUGCUAUGUCUUUGUUUAUCGCGUCGCUGCCAGUUGCGACUGCCAAUCCUGAUUCCAAGCGAUUGUAUGAGGACUUACUGUCCAACUAUAAUCGACUCAUCCGGCCAGUUGGUAAUAACAGCGAUCGCCUCACUGUUAAAAUGGGACUACGUCUGUCUCAACUCAUUGACGUCAACUUGAAAAAUCAGAUCAUGACGACGAACGUGUGGGUGGAGCAGGAAUGGAAUGACUAUAAGCUCAAGUGGAACCCUGAAGAGUACGGAGGAGUGGAUACUAUUCACGUGCCAUCUGAACACAUAUGGUUGCCUGAUAUUGUGCUUUACAACAAUGCGGAUGGCAACUACGAGGUGACGAUAAUGACUAAAGCGAUCCUGCAUCACACUGGUAAGGUGAAGUGGAAACCACCAGCUAUCUACAAGUCUUUUUGUGAAAUAAACGUCGAGUAUUUUCCCUUCGACGAGCAAACGUGCUUCAUGAAGUUUGGAUCAUGGACGUACGAUGGUUAUACGGUCGAUCUUCGGCAUCUGGACCAGACAGAAGACUCCAACGAAAUAAAGAUUGGAAUCGACCUGACCGAUUAUUAUAUCUCCGUCGAGUGGGACAUAAUAAAAGUGCCUGCCGUGAGGAAUGAGAAAUUUUACAUAUGUUGUGAGGAGCCGUAUCCUGACAUAAUGUUCCACAUAACCCUACGCCGGAAGACCCUCUUUUACACGGUAAACCUCAUAAUCCCCUGCGUGGGAAUAUCAUUUCUCUCAGUCCUCGUGUUCUACUUACCGAGUGACAGCGGGGAGAAAGUGUCACUGUCAAUUUCGAUCCUCCUGUCACUCACCGUGUUCUUUCUUCUCCUUGCCGAGAUCAUACCGCCCACGUCGCUCACGGUGCCACUUCUCGGCAAAUAUCUACUGUUUACAAUGGUGCUUGUGACGCUAUCGGUCGUAGUGACUAUUGCUGUGUUAAAUGUGAAUUUUCGAUCGCCCGUCACGCAUCGUAUGUCCAAGUGGGUGCGCGUGGUCUUUAUCGAAGUGUUACCAAAGUAUUUGUUUAUUGAAAGGCCAAGCAAAGACAAUGAUGAUGAUGGUGAUGAUGAUGAUGAUGACGACCAGACACCUGAGCUCAUACUUACCGACGUGUUCCCCCCUCAUGAGACUGACAAAUACGAGCCGUACGGCAAAAGGUUUGGUGGAGACUACGAGGCCAGAGAUUUACCUGCAUUACCACCAGUUCCUCCAGUUCCUAUUCAAUUGAGGUCUCAAUCCGGGUACGGACCAACAACUGGCCCAGUAGCUCCAAGAUUCGAUGAACCUCUGCCACCCCUUCCGCUGCCAAGUGCUGAUGACGAUCUGUUUGCACCAGCUAGUCCUGGAUACAUGCAAGAGGACGUCAGUCCCACCUUCGAGAGACCCUUGACUAGGGAAAUCGAGAAGACAAUUGGGGAUGCGAAAUUUAUUGCUCAACAUGCUAAAAACAAGGAUAAAUUUGAAGGCGUUGAAGAAGACUGGAAAUACGUAGCAAUGGUCCUUGACAGAAUUUUCCUCUGGAUUUUUACAAUAGCUUGUGUCGUUGGUACCAUAUGCAUAAUUUUCCAAGCACCGAGUUUGUAUGACACAACAAAGCCAAUUGACAUCAUGUACAGUAAAAUCGCUCAGAGGAGGAUGAUGCUGAUGAAUAUGGGUCCUGAGGAGGACGAUUAGUCGAUGAUUAUUUGCGGCCAACGUGCCGUGGUUUUACAUAUAAACUCACGCUCGUGCCUCAAUAUUUAUUAUACUCGGGUGCGAGCAAUAAAAAUAUAAAAAAUAUAAAAUAUUGUUGAAAUAUCGUCGACUGUCGUCGCUCCUUGCGCUCAAAAAUGCACGAAAAGAUGAAAAAUGCAAGAAGAAAGGGAAGAAGUAGAGGAGAAUUCGGUGAGUCGUGCAAAAUUGUGUAAAAACAUUAAACUUUGAGAACGGCACGUUCGCGGGAUACAAAUCAAGUAAAACGACUGCGUCGUUGCCGUCCAUCGUUCUUUUAUCAUCUUGUGGAUCAGAUAAAGGAUUUUUAAAGACUAAGGACGACGACAGGACGCGGUGGUGGGGAGCGAAAGUGCCAAUUAUCGUGCCGUAUUUUUGUAAAAACCGGGUUUCUUAAAAAAAAUUUUAAAAAAGACUAUAGGGAUAAUGAUUAAAACCGCCGCGACGAGAAAAUUGUCGGGAGACUUGCUGAACUGCCGAUUUUAUAAUUGAAUGAACGUUAUAAUUAUUUUAAAAUAAAGAAACAAAAGUUAAAUAAUAUAAAUAAUUGAUAAGAAAAUUAAAUUUAAAGAAAAAAAAAACAUGGUCAAGGAAUGAAUUAAUGAACGAAACAGUUCUUACACAUUAAAAAAAAACGAUACACACUCAGCAUUAGCAACACGCACAAAA